AUGCCCCCGAAAAGACGUAACAAGACAAGACAGACGUAUGACGAUGGGGAAGAAGUCAUCGGAGGACAAGUACUGCCCAUCGCUGAAAUAGCAGAAGAUUGGGUCGGAGUGCCGGAAGAUGGAGCUACUUAUCUUGCUCUAGCUGGUCGUGCAAAUGCAGGAUUAUCAUUCUUUUCUCGUGCUCCGUUACCUCGAGAGAUAGAUGUGAAUGUGGAGACGGAAAUCCACAUCGAAGCUAGUCAUGUAGGAACGAGCAAGAAAACUAGACAUCCUGCUUUACCUAAAGAAUCUUGGUUGGUGACUUUUGCAGAACAUUUCAAGAAAUAUCGUCAGAACCUCACCUCCCGCUGGCCACCUCCAUCUAUGACUCAACCUCCGCACUAUCCCCCAUUCCCAGAUAUCCGACUCCGCUCAUCGUUCGACUUUUACCUUCACGGUCCUUCCAGGGCUAAACGAAAAGGUUCGAGGGCGAGAAAACGGGCAGCGGUCCGAGCGGCAGCUAUAAGUUUGGAAGAGGAAGAAAGUAUGAUGAAUGAUGGUGUUCCCAUUUCAGACGUUACAGCCGAAGUCAGGACAUCAGAUCAAAUAUCAGGAAUGUCUACGGGGGGUUCUGGGGAGAAAAAUGAGGAGGAGGAGGAUGGAGGUUUUGAUGAAGAUUUGGAAGAGGAGUAUGAAGUGAUAGAUGAGGGGACGGAAGAGUCACAGACUAUUAGUCAAGAGGAAGAAGGAGAGGAUAAACCAUAUGAACCACCAGAACCGCUCUUGAGCGUUUUGAAGGGUUUACAUACAAAUAACAUCUUACGUCUCUUAACAUACUUUACUCACUUCCUUCUUGAUCCACUCUCUUCUCCAAUCUUAUCAAUUCCUUCUUAUCUUCCUACUCAACCUCCUUCACCUCCAACCCAACCUCAAACAAUUCUUCCUGAACAACCCCACACAACUCUUCCCGAUAAUACCUCCACCUCCCAUACCCCAAACUCGACCCACUACCCAGCGAAAAAGACAGGAACACUCUCGAAGCCAAGACGAGAACCAUUUCCCGAUUUAUACGCCAGAUGGAUCUUCACCCUCUUGCUCAUUCUCGACAAUCAAUUAUCAGGUGAAGAAAUAUCCAUCCUCCGUGAAUUAGCACGUGCGGCGAUGAAAGUAGCUGGUUGGCGUUGGAUCGUAGCUGUUAACACUGGGGAAAUCACAAAGCUUGUUUCUGUCUCUCCCACCUUCCACCCUUCAACUGAUGGUUCUGAAGGGGGUAAGAAUGGUGUGAUAGUGGGUGAUACAUAUCAAGAAGGUGAAAUAAGUGAUGAGGAGGAAGAUGAAGGAUGGGAAUUAGGUGUUAAAUGGAAGAAAACCCGAGAGAAGGGUUUGAAACAUAAAGAGAUGAAUGGUCAUUCUGAUAUUGAUAUGAAUGGUGGUACCGACUCAGAUGAGCAAAAUGGAGGGCGGAAGGAUGAAGUGAUAAAGGAGGACUCGUCGAAAAAGAGAGAAGGUGGGAAUGUCGAUGAUACUUUAUCAAGAUGUUGGUUAAUCGUCGCUGCUAUUUCGGUCGGAUGGGCACAACAUGAUUUAUUACAAGAGAUGGAGUCUUUGUUUUCAUAG